AUGGUGCGGUUAAUGUGGGGAAACAAUAGUCAUCAAUGGGCUGCUCAACUAUCAAGGGGUGCGGCAGGUGGAAUGUUAACAGUGUGGGAUGACUCCAAGAUAAGAGUUGACGAUAUACUGAUCCUGAAGUACUCGGUAACAAUUAAGUGUGUGUUUCUACAGAAUGGUUUCGAGUGUAUACUAACUAAUGUAUACGGGCCAGCUGAUGAAAUAUUACAUCAUAGUAAAGAUUUUUGGGAGGAACUGGAUGAAGUUAGAAGGAAAUGGUCGGAUGUUCCGUGGUGUUUGGGUGGUGAUUUCAAUUGUAUCUUUUUUGUGGCCGAGAAGAAUAGGAACAAAAGAUCUACCACGCACAUUAAGUUGUUUGAUUCGUUUAUGCGAAGACACGGUUUAUUCGACUUGCCGCUGUUAGGAGGUUGUUUCACAUGGUCUAGCAUGCGAGGUGAGGCAACUUUAACAAGAAUUGAUCGUUUCAUCUUCUCCGGCGAUUGGGAAGAUCAAUUUCCUAAAGCAACUCAGCACUUACUUCGUAGAAAUUUAUCAGACCAUCACCCGAUUAGCUUAAGAGGUGGUGGCAUCCAGUUUGGUCCUUAUCCUUUUCGCUUUGAGAACUUCUUGUUGAAAGAUGAAGAUUUUUUGGUGCACUUGAAAGAUUGGUGGCAGAAUAUGAAUUUUUCUGGCUCUGCUAGUUUUGUCUUCUCAAAAAAGCUUCAAGAGCUAAAAAUUCUUCUCAAGUGCUGA